AUGGCCCCUUACUCAGGAUGGAAGCGUACAGCUGUGUAUCUAACUGGCUUAGUUGCAACGCUCACAACUUUCCUGAUUGUUAUGCUCUUCGUGUCUCUCUUUGCACUAGAAAGGGACAAUGACUCUAGAGGUAGAGGCAGCAGCCGUGCAGAUGCUCUGGGUCAGAGUAUUCUUCACCGAGGAAACUGCGACACAACCGCCAAAGCAAACCUUUGGAUUCAUUUGGCUAUUAAUAUUAUUGGUACCGGCGUCUUGGCAUCGUCCAACUUCUUCAUGCAGAGCCUUGUGGCGCCUACGAGGAAGGAAGUAGACGCUGCGCAUAAAGCGGGACAGUGGCUUGAGAUUGGUGUCCAGUCCCUUAAAAACAUUCGCUUUCUUGGCUGGCGAAAGAUUUUGUUCUGGUCUCUAUUCUCACUCAGUUCAGUCCCGUUGCAUCUCGUCUUCAACGGUUGCGUCCUUGAAUCCAAAGGCACAAACGGUUUCACUCUGUUCCUGGGCACUGAGAGUCUUAUCAAGGGUAGUUGGCAGGGCCAGGCUCCUAUCGCAAUGUCUUACCGGCAAAGGUAUGUAGAUGAGUUUUUGCGUGGGGACAGUUAUAUGAGCCUGAAGAAUAUGAAGCAUGUCAAUGAGUCCAUAGAGACCAGCAGCUGGGAGCGGAUCGAUUUCCCGGAAUGUAUGAAGCGAUACAACAACCCGGAGAAGUCUUUGGUAAUUGAACCCCUUCUACUAGAAGGACACUUGGAUUCGCUGACUAGAACAAAGACACAUUCACGACACAUGAUCAUGGUGAUUUACGACUACGAGGACAAAUGGCGAAACUCAACAGAUGGAUGGAAACUCAGCCAAGUCUACAAGAACACGACCAACAUGACAGAUGUAAACGCUUUGAACACUCUCUGGGCAGUGGACGCGUUUGCACGUACCGGCACCGCAAAUGGGCCUAAUAAUGGUGCCAUAAUACAGCCAUACUGGAACUAUUUCGGCCCUGAUGGCCGUAUGUGGAGAGCCAGCGGAUGGCGCAUUCUGAGUCACAUCAAUUAUCUCGAUCCUGUAUCUGGCAUACUUGUCAUGGAUGCUUCAACCUACCAACCUGAGUAUAGAGUUAUGCAAGUCGAUCAUUGCUGGUCUGAAAGACCUAGUGAAGAGACAAGGGGCAUGUGCACACUGAGCCUGGAAGAUCUGAAACGAUCACCUACUAGCCCAGAUCUUGCACUCGGCGAUACAACGAGGGGAUACAAGUUGUUACAAGGUCCCCGACAAUGGCACACAACCUCUGUACGCAGGUUUGGGAAAGCAGUGCCCAGAAAUAUCUGGAUUCUUUCAUCCCUUCUUAUCGGAAGCUCCCUCGCCGUAGCAGGAACAAUGUUGGGAAUCUCCCUCAGAGAGCAAAGUCUAGGUGAUGCACGCUUCGGCCACUCUCCUGUUAACGAAGAUGUAUCCGAUGAAAACCUGGACGACCUGGCUUUGUUACCACUGACCAUGGUAGCUAACUUGCCGCAACUUAUCUUAUCGAUAUGUUAUCUUGCCUACAAUGGACUCUUUACGCGAAUGCUUGCCGAGUUCGAAUGGUCAAAGUAUAGUGUCGAAUUCAGAUCCCUACGAGUCACCGAGCCGAGAGGUAGUCAAAAUUCAACAUACCGUCUGCAAUUGCCAUAUAGGUUCUCUGUACCACUCAUCAUCAUGGACAGCUCAGAGAAGAGAGACACGACACCCCAAGCCUCCGCAGAGGGGGACGCAAUCUCAGCCGACAAAAAGAGCUUUCCUCACAAUGAAAAAGAUUAUGCCGACGUCGAGGUUCUAAAGUCAGAGCCUACCCGGCCCCUGGAGACAGCGGAAGAUAUUGUUACGAAUGUCAUCCACGUAGAUGAUGAUCCUUCUAUGAAUCCAUGGACAGUUCGCAUGUUCGUCGUUGGUAUCGGGCUAUCUGCAUUCGGUGGCGUUCUACAAGAGAUCAUGUACUUCAAGCCUCAAGUUGUCUACGUAUCCGUCAUGUUCUUGACUGUACUCGCCGAAACCCUCGGUACUGGCCUGUCGUAUAUCGUUCCCCGAAAAGGCGCCAUCGGUCGUUUCCUCAACCCUCACCCAUGGAACAGAAAGGAACAUACCGCAGCUGUCCUCAUGGCAUCGGCUGCAUCGGUAUCAGCAUUGUCAACUGAAGCCCUAUCGGUGCAGAAGUUGUGGUAUGGCGGUUAUCCCAACCAAGCUGCUGGUAUCUUCAUUACCCUGUCAUCCCAACUCAUUGGGUAUGGAAUUGCUGGUAUGAUGAGAAGCGUGCUAUUAUAUCCUACAAAGAUGCUGUAUCCUGCGAACUUGCCCAUCACAACUGUGAUGGAGACGCUGCAUAAGCCAAAGUCUGAGACAAGAAAGAGGUUCCAAGUCUUCUGGAUUGUUUUCGUAGCCAUCUUCUGUUGGGAGUGGUUCCCCGAAUACAUCUUUCCUCUCCUGUCUGCUGUCUCUAUCUUUUGCCUCGCCGAUCGCCACAAUCCUGUUUUUACAAACCUUUUCGGUGGCUCACAAGGUAACGAAGGAAUGGGCUUCUUGAGCAUCUGUUUUGACUGGAACUACAUCGCCGGCUUUGGCUCACCUCUCUGGAUGCCUCUCCAAACACUGGUCAACAGCUUCAUUGGAUAUCUCGGCGGUAUCAUCCUUUCGAUGGGGCUAUACUACAGCAACAUCUGGAGAGCCCAGGACUUUCCAUUCAUGGCUCAGCUUCUGUACGAUGGAAGCUCAAACUCGACCAACUACGUUCCAUAUAACGAGACAUCGAUCAUGAACCCUGAUUUUACCGUGAACAACGAGGUUAUCGACAAGGCUGGCCUUCCACAUCUUACAGCUACCUACGUCAACUAUCUCAUCACAUCUAAUGCUGGCCUGACUGCCACAUUGGUCCACAUGCUUCUAUGGAACUACGCCGAAGUCAGCCUCGGAUGGUCCUGGAUUACUUUGACCAACCUGAAGAAGGUCUUCCGUCCACAGACGUAUAUCUUCUGGCGCCAAUCCGGUUCUCGUAGUGAGGAAGAAAAGACUAAGCUUCGUGAUGAUCCCACUAUCGACCCUCAUUACAAACUGAUGCUUGAUUACGACGAGGUUCCAAACAGCUGGUACUUUCUCGUCUUUGCAGCGAGCUUCAUCAUCGGCAUGGUCUGUCUAUACGUGAUGAAGUCAACGCUGCCUUGGUGGGGAUUUAUUAUGGCUGUGAUCUUCUUGGCCGUUUUCCUUGUCUUCUUUGGUGCGCAGUAUGCUAUCACUGGCUUUGGCUUCAACUUGCAACCAAUCUUCCAGAUGUUAGCAGGAUACAUGUUUCCUGGCCGCCCGCUUGCAAACAUGUACUUUACAUCGUACACAUACAAUGCACUCUCCCAGGGUUUCCUUCUUUUACGAGACUUGAAACUUGCUCAGCAGAACAAGCUAUCCCCCAAGGCCACAUUCACUACUCAAGUCAUUGGCUGUUGUUUGGGAGCCCUUCUCAACUACGUGAUGAUGAUUAGCAUCGUGGACAACCAAGCCCCGAUCCUCAAGUCCGCUGAGGGAACUAACAUCUGGUCCGGCGCUCAGAUCCAACAGUUCAACACUCUGGCGAUCGCAUGGUCCAUUGCUCCCAAGAUGUUCUCUAUCGGCGCUCGAUACCAAUGGGUGACCAUCGCCUUCUUUAUCGGAUUUCUGGCUCCUUUGCCAUUCUAUUUUGCGCACCGUUUCUUCCCCCAUAUGCGAAUCUGGUCUUACCUCAACACAGCCAUCAUUCUCUGGUACCUUGGCGAACUUUUUGUCGGACUCAACGCGUCGCUCACAAGCUAUUAUAUUCUGGGUGCUUUUGGACAGUUCUAUCUUCGCCGCUACCGACCUCAAGCGUUUGUCAAGUGGAACUACCUCAUCUCCGCGGCACUUGACGGUGGUACGCAGGUCAUGGUCUUCAUUGCCACCUUUGCGGUGUUUGGAGGUUCCGGAAAAGCGGUGGCAUUCCCAGAGUGGGCAGGUAAUAGGAUCAACAACUAUGAUUACUGUAAAUACAAUGCGCAGGGCUAG